AUGCACCCUGUGAGAGAAACAGAGGAUUGUAGACUGGAAGAGACUCCCAUCUUUGUGUUACCAUAUACAUCUGAAAGGCCCUUCCAAACUCACUUCUGCCUGACAAGGAGCUCCCACAGCUGCACACUGGAGCCGGAGAGCAGAAUGAUGGAGAAAAUUCAGAAGGCACUCACAGUUCGUAACAGGACCAUCAGGGAGCUGCUGGCAGAAGCACUGGGGAUGUUCAUCCUGAUGCUCAUUGGCUUGUCUUCUGCUGCUCAGGUGACUUUAGGAAGAGGAGAAUUUGGGCAGUAUCUGAGCAUCAAUUUAGGAUUUGGCAUUGGUGUCACCUUGGGGAUCCAUGCAGCUGGAGGAAUCUCUGGAGCUCAUCUGAAUGCCUCCAUUACCCUCACACACUGCCUUUUGGGGAACCUCCCCUGGAAAAAGCUCCCAGUUUAUCUGCUCGGCCAGUUCCUGGGCUCCUUUCUGGCAGCAGCUACGGUUUUUGGCAUCUACUAUGAUGCACUGUAUGACUAUACCAAGGGGAACUUUACAGUGACGGGACCAACUGCCACAGCAGGGAUCUUCUCCACUUAUCCUGCUCCCUAUAUGUCCUUGAUGGGGGGCUUCUUCACAGAGUUUAUAGCGACGAUGAUGCUGUUCUUGGGCAUUCUAGUCAUCCACGAUGAGAAAAAUAACGGAGCCCUGAAGGGCACACAGGCCCUGCUCACGGGUAUCCUGGUCUUAGGCAUUGGCCUAGCAAUGGGGAUGAACACAGGCUACUCCAUAAACCCCUCCCGGGACCUGCCUCCAAGGGUUUUCACUGCCAUUGCCGGCUGGGGAAUGGACGUCUUCACAGCUGGACAUGGCUGGUGGUGGAUCCCACUUGUAGCUCCAACACUGGGAAGUCUUUUUGGUGUUUUAAUCUACAAACUCUUUAUUGAUUUUCACAAUCAGCCUGUCCUGGAAAGUGAAAACGAGAAAAGACAGCCAGAUGUGGAGACUUCUAGGAUGUGA